UGUGUGUGUUGUGUGUGGUUUCUCUGACACACAUUACAACCUCUCUCGGUCACACUUACCGCUGCGCACACCGGACAGGACCGCGGAGUUCGAGCGGUGAUAAGGUAAAAGCAGAGGCGGACAACUGCCUCUGGCCACAUGAGCCAUGGAGGGGCUCUACUUUGAAGUGAAGCCCAGAGGAGGUGAAGCCCUCAGGCCAAGGAGCUCUGACAAACCCCGUCCUAAUCUGACUUCAAACCACCACUCAUUUCCAUCACUUUCACAUCUCACCUCUUCUCAAAAGCUCACCUCAGCCAGGGAGACAACUGCUACAUGGGGGGAAAAGGUGGAGGAGGAGGUAGAGGAGGAGAUACGAUAUAAACUGACAUUAAUUGGGUCUCUACCAGUCCACUACAUGACCACCAUGGCCAUGCUGCCCUGGGUGGUGGCUGAGAUUAGUAGAUCUCGGCCUGCUGAGAGGGAGGAGGAGCGGUGUGCAGGAUCAGGAGGAGGACAGCAGGAUCCCCCUACCCGGAAUCAGACAGUUUUUCUAUGUGUGUCAGCAUCGUGGGUGCGUUGUGUGUCCGUUUGGGCCGAGGGGGUUGUCUUGGACCCUCUGAGACAUACAGUGCUGUUUGAAUGCCGUCCACACCAGGUGACGAAACUAAUUCACAACAGCAAGGAACCCAGCAGCUUUGGCUGCCUGGUCAGAGGUGCACCAAACUGUGCCUGCUACGUCUUCCAGAGCCAAGACAGCACUAAGGUCCCUGAGAUCAUCAGUACGCUGAGGCAGGCUGGCAAGAGCUCCGCACGCAGCAAUGACACCACAUCCAACAAAACUUCAACAGGGUCUGGAGGCACUGAACCGUCAGAGACAUGCCUCAACUUUUCUUCUCUUUCCACAACGACAAGUUCUGCAGCACAUGCUGCUGCUGUGUCACCGACAGCCUUUGCCAAGAAGUUCGAGGUGCUGUUUUGUGGCCGUGUGAGUGUUGCUCACAAGAAAGCCCCUCCCGCCCUUAUUGAUGAGUGCAUUGAGAAGUUUAGCCAGUUGCAUGGCUCAGGGAUGACUGAUAAAGGAGGAAGUAGCGGGGGAUUGGUGGGUGGGCUGAAGAGGGCGUUAGCCUUCCAAUCCAACGGUCUCGGGAGUGUUGCCGUAGGUAAUGGUGCUGCAGGAAGUCCCACCACUGGGAAUCGCCCCGUCCUGUUCAAACGAGACCCCAGCUUCCCCUCUCUGCAGGCCCUGGAUGAGAAUGGGCUCUCUCCAGAGAUCUCUCACGCCAACACUACUGAUGCACACACCCGCUCACCAGGAGUACAGCCCACCAGCCUGCAGGAGAACAGGACCAUGCUGUUCACGGUGGGCAGGUCGCAGAUCUUCUUGGUUAGUCCAGACACUAAGAAAGUUGCCAUAGAGAAGAGUUUCAGGGAAAUCUCCUUCUGCUCACAGGGUAUUCGUCACGUGGAUCACUUUGGCUUCAUUUGCAGGGAGACGGUGGAAGGGGGGAGCUGCCACUUUGUUUGCUAUGUCUUCCAGUGUACAGAUGAAUCACUGGUAGAUGAGAUCAUGCUGACUUUGAAGCAGGCGUUCUCUGUAGCAGCCCUGCAGCAAAAUGCAAAGACCCAGAGCCAGCAGUGUGACAGCUGCCCCAUGCAGCAGCUCCACAGACUGUGUGAGAGAAUAGAAGGUCUGCACCCAUCUAAAACCAAGCUGGAGCUUCAGAAACACUUGGCCACUCUUGACAACCAGGAGCAAGCAUCAGUCUUUGAAAACACUAUGAGGGCUCGUCCGAAGAGUGACCAGGAAGAAAAUGAGCUGAUAAUGGCAUCUUUGAGGAAUCUGUAUGAGGAGAGACAGAGGAGCCAUCAGCACACACUGCCUGGGGACAGCAAACAGGUGUGUGAGGAGGCAGCUCCAGGACCAGCGGAGGCACAGCAGCAGAGUAGCAGUCGGCAGCGUCUCGAGCAGUUCAAGAGCCGAGCCAAGCGCUCGCUCACUGAGUCCCUGGAGGGCAUCUGGAAGGGGAGCAGCAAGGCAAGAGCUCAAAGGGAAAACAGUGAAGGAAGUGACAGCAGCUCUUCCAUUUGUACUGUCAACAGCAGCCAGGACCAGUCUUGCUACGAUGACCCCCUCCCAGCCUCCUCCCAGCUGCGACCCACCAGCCCACUCAGGUGCCAUAACUCAACAGGAGACCUGAAGCGCCUUGACACCUCUCUUCCCCAGUCUCCUUCCUCCUCCUCUUUACCCGGGGACGCUCAGCCGCAGGGCUUCCGUCGAAGGGCCAGCACCUUCAGCCACCCUCCCACCCCCUCCUCAGCGGAGUACUCACCGAUGCACACAAUAAGUCACACACCACAGGACCCUACCGCUGCUACCAAGCCCAAGCUCGUACGACACUACUCUGUCAGCACCGACACUCCACACCAGAGCAAACAUGUCUCAACCGACUCCAACCUUCCUCCUGUUCCUCCUUGCUCUUCAUCCCCUCUGCUCCCUCAUCAUCCUUCCUCCCCUUCUGCUGGGAUCAGGCUCAGUAAAAGAAGUCCUCUGGGUGGUCUGCGGGCUCGUCUCCACUCCUCCUCCUCUGUCCCUAAUUUUCUGAAAUUUCAAUUUCUGGCCCCUGUCCAAGAGAAUGAUUGUCCCGAAACAAAGAGCAGUGAUGUAGCAGCUCUCUCCACACCAAGUGCAGCAUGUGCGGUAGGGGAAAGCCCUCUACGCAGCCACCGUCACUCCUGGAGGCAGCAGAUCUUCCUACGGGUCGCUACACCUCAGAAAAACACUGAAGCCAGCGAGCGGGGGGAUUCCUGUCUAGACGGGGGUCGGGUGUGUGUGGGCCAGGUGGUCGGUGGAGGAAGUGGGGACUCGUCCAUGAGGGUGGUGCCUGAAGAACGGACAAAGAGGAGCAAAGAGGAGCUGAGGGAGCUCUGGAGGAAGGCCAUCCUGCAGCAGAUCCUGCUGCAGAGGAUGGAGAGGGAGAACCAGAAACUACAGGCCUCAGAGAGUGACCUGCAGAACAAACGCCUGAAGCUAGACUAUGAGGAAAUCACUCCGUGUCUGAAGGAGGUCACUCUGGUGUGGGAGAAGAUGCUGGGAACUCCUGGAAGGGCAAAGGUCAAAUUUGACACAGAGACGAUACAUGCUGCAGUUGCACAAGGUGUCCCAAGGCAGCAUCGAGGCGAGAUCUGGAAGUUUCUCUCGGAGCAGUACCUGCUCAGGCAGACGGUACCCUCCCGAACCCCAACCAAUCACACUCCGUACAAAGAGCUGCUGAAACAGCUCACCUCACAGCAGCACGCCAUCCUCAUAGAUCUGGGUCGCACUUUUCCCACUCAUCCAUAUUUCCAAGCGCAGCUGGGGGCAGGACAGCUGUCUCUGUAUAAUUUAUUGAAGGCCUACUCACUGCUGGACCCUGAGGUGGGCUACUGCCAGGGCCUGUCCUUCAUUGCGGGAGUGCUGCUGUUACACAUGGGGGAAGAGGACGCCUUCAACAUGCUGAAAUUUCUAAUGUAUGACGUCGGGCUCCGCAAACAGUACAGGCCUGACAUGAUUAUCCUGCAGAUUCAGAUGUACCAGUUGUCGCGGCUGCUCCAUGACUACCACAGGGAUCUAUACAGCCAUCUUGAGCAGCAAGAGAUCGGACCCAGUUUAUACGCCACCCCCUGGUUCCUCACCGCCUUUGCCUCACACUUCCCCCUCGGCUUCGUGGCCAGAGUCUUUGAUAUGUUAUUUCUGCAGGGGUCAGAGGUCAUCUUCAAGGUUGCUCUGAGUCUGCUGGGGAGCCACAAGCCUCUGAUCCUUCAGCACGACAGCCUGGAGUCCAUAGUGGACUUCAUCAAGACCACACUGCCCAACCUGGGCCUGGUGCAGAUGGAGAAAACCAUCAACCAGGUGUGUGAGAUGGACGUGUCAAAGCAGCUCCAGGCCUAUGAGGUGGAGUACCAUGUCUUGCAGGAUGAGCUGCUGGAUAUGCCUCCGACCCUCAACCAACACCAGCGAGCCGCACAGCUGGAGAGGACCAAUCAGAGCCUCCGACAGCAGAACCUCGACCUGCUUGAGGAGCUGCAGGUGUCCCACGCUCGCGUGUGCAGCCUGGAGAGUCGAGUGGAGGCUUUGGUCCAGUCAGAGGGCCAGCUGAAGGAGCAGGUCUCUGCUCUGGAAGAGGAGAAGAAGCAGCUGGUGAGCACCGUCACACGACUCCAGGACCUCCUCGCCAGCCUCGGCAUACAAACAACCCCAGACGGACACAAACUCCCCCCCGCCCUCUGACAGACAUGUAUGUAGUCACAGCAGCACAGCACAGGUGGAAGGCAGAGAGGGGCUGGGGAACAGGACUGUGGACUCCCUGCUCCACCCAUCGGCUCUUCCAGAGGAUUUGUAGCUGCACCCAAUUUUUUUCCAAAUGGUAAAGUUGAGCAGAUGAGGAGCCGGUUGUGGGAAAAAAGUCCCAGAAAGAGAAGGUCAGUGGACGAGCGGAGACGUUAAGAUGACUCCCUACGUCGACCUGUGUACUUUUCACAGCCUCAGAAUGUUUUAAUAAAAAGAGAGACAUUGGAUGUAGAGGCUGAGCGAGAAAGAAAUGUAUUAUCCCAGAUCUCUUGAACUACAUGUAAGCUCUGUUUGUGCCACGAGUGCCCUUUCCCCCUCUUUAAUAAACGUAAAUGAGCAUGUGAUUUGACCAACAAUCCCCCAAAGAUAGCACUGUCCCACUGGGCCUCUACUGUAAAAACAAAAGUUACAUUUGCACCUGUAUUUGUAUGUUGUUGGGUUUUUUUGUCUUUAAGUGUCAGUGAGUGACGUCUGUGUUUUAUGCUCCUGUGAGAAAGUUUGUUUAACUGUUGUCAGAUGAAACGAGGCUUAAAAUGGCCAAAGAAUGUGUUAAUGUGUUUAUUAAUGUAAAACAAGCUCGAACAAAGACUUCUGAAAGAACAUAUUAUCAAUCACUUUCAACCAUAAGUUAAGUAAGAAAUGCAAAGAUUGUUUCCAAAGAAAAAAAAAAGAAGAGACAGAGAUGUGUGAACGUGAGCUGAAGGGACAGGUGAAGAAAUAAACUUCAUGACAAAG